UGUAACUGCGUCUGAAGGAUGUGAGAGAUAAGUGGAAAGUCCCUAACACUGGAAAUCCCCUUUGUCUGCCUGGGCUUUUCCGCAGUCUGCAUGAACUACAUUAAGUUGGAGGACGUGAUCUAUGCUUUGACAUGUAGAGUAAACAUACCAACAUAUAAUUGAUUGUGAAGAAGGCUGAAUGGCGCUGUUUGGACUGCUGCGGUUACCCUGAUUGAAGUGACAGAGGACUACCAGGAGCAUCCUUAGGGCUUUGUUGGUGGUCUUAUUGUACAGUUCUGCAUUGGUACACGUUACAUCUGGUGAACACCAUGUCCCAGGGACAGAAUUUCCUGCCCAAGUUCCUCUUUGUGAGUAACCUGCUGAAAGCGGUCAAGAUCCGGGAGCGGGUGCCCAACGAUGUAGUGAAGCCUGCGGGCAGUGAAAGCCUGAUGCACCACCUGCGGGGCAUGCACCGGUACACACUGGAAAUGAUCAGCAUGAGCCAGUUCCCUCAGGCCUUCCAACAGGUCAUUCAGGCAGCCAUCUUGGACAGGGCCAUGCAGAGCUCCCUAGAGCAGGAGAAGAAGCUCAACUGGUGCCACGAGGUCAAGAAAAUGGUACCACUGAGGACCAAUGGAGAUGGGAACUGUCUUCUUCAUGCUGCCUCUCAGUACAUGCUGGGGGUGCAGGACACAGACCUGGUCCUGAGGAAGGCCCUGCACAGUGUGCUCAAGGAGAACGAAACAGGCAACUUUAGAGCCCGUUUCCAGACAGAGCUACUGCAGUCUCAGGAGUUCACCCAGACUGGCCUGCGUUACAGCACUAUGAAUUGGGAGGAGGAAUGGGAGAAGAUCAUCAAGAUGGCUUCGCCUGUGUCCAGCCGCAAUGGGCUGCAGUUUGACUCCCUGGAGGACAUGCACAUCUUUAUCCUCUCUAACAUCCUCCGCAGGCCCAUCAUCAUCAUCGCAGACCAGGUGCUGCGCAGCAUGAGGUCCUGCUCCUCCUUCUCUCCCCUCAACGUGGGGGGCAUCUACCUUCCUCUGCACUGGCCUCCAAGGGAGUGCUACAAGUACCCCAUAGUGCUCGGCUACGACUCCCAGCACUUUGCCCCCCUCAUCACCAUCAAAGACAGUGGCCCAGAGAUCCGAGCAGUGCCGCUGAUCAACCCGGGCCGCGGGGGCUUCGAGGAGCUCAACGUGCACUUCUUGAUGGAGAAGGAGCAGACGCAGAAGGAGAGGCUUCUGAAGGACUACCUAAUGCUGAUGGAGAUCCCUGUCAUUGGACUGGGCUACGAUACCACACGCAUCAUCAACGCUGCCAGGCUGGAUGAAGGGAACCUACCUGAGGACAUGAACCUGAUGGAGGACUACCUCCAGUUGGUCAACCACGAGUACAAGCGCUGGCAGGAGGACAAGGACCAACUGUGGGCCCCCCACCCCCAUAGACCACCCCCCUUCUCCGUGUCUCAGCUGUCCCUCAUCGAGAUCCGAUGUGCCACACCACGGUGCACCUUCUACGUCUCCGUGGACACCCAGCCACACUGCCACGAGUGCUUUGAGAAACGCCAGGGCCAGCCUAACGGGAGGAUAGAGGCUGCCCCUACGAAAGGCGGAAAUCAGGCUUGUGAGCCAGGGUGUAGUAGUAGAGUACGGCCCAGCCCUUCUGGCUACCUGGCGGUGUUAUCCAGCCCGCUCUCCGUCGCUACACCGCGCUCGGCGUCCUGCUGUUACAGCGAAACCCACGCCAUGAAGUGCAAGAUGCCUGGCUGCGUUUUCACCCGCAGCAAGGAGCACAAUGGUCUGUGUGAACGCUGCUUUAACAGCCGGCAGAAUGCACCAGGAAGGUGCGGCAUGUGCCACCAGGAGGCCUUCAGGAUAUUUAACGGACUGUGCCCCCCUUGCUUCCAGAGUACUGGCACAGAGCGGGGUGAGGAGCCCCAGCCGCCGGCAGCAGCGUCCUCUUCUGGGUCGCUAUGGACCCAGCCCCCGCCCAGGGAAUCUGAGUGCUCGGGCCGACCCUGUAAAAGGUCGGGAUGCCAGUUCUUUGGGACUCAACAGAAGCGUGGAUUCUGCACCAUCUGCUAUGUGGACUAUCAGACCAACCACCUAGGGACCCUUCCUCCUCCUGCUCCAAUCCAGACUCGCCACACGUCGGAGGCAGGCUACCAGAAUGCUUCGCGCUGUCAGGGCCUGGGGUGUGGGGCCAUGGGCAAUGCCAUGCUGGAGGGCUACUGUAACAAGUGCUUCUUUAUCGAGCAGAGCUCCAGGUUCAACCAGAAUGCUACCAGGGCUCCCGGGGCCCACUCCCCUCCGCUGGUCAUGCGGACUGCUAAACCAGAACAAGACAAACCCAGAAAGACCCAGACCCAGGCCACGUGCAGGUGGAAUGGCUGCAGUAACUUCUCCCCCGGCUGCACAGACCCGUGUCCAGAGUGCCGGGCCACACGGGGGCAGAGAGAGAGCCGCAGGGAGAGGGCAGGGGCACCUAAGGAGACGAUGAAGCAGAGUUGUAAAGCCCAAGGCUGUGACCACUAUGCCAACAUAGAGAAGCAAGGCUUCUGUAACGAAUGUGACCACUUUAAGCAGGUCUACAGGGGGUGAGCCCAAAGAUUUGGGGAAGAUUAAAAUGGUCGUGCCACCAUGCUAGUCAAAGCAUCUCUGGAACUAGUGACCCUAAGGCCAGACGCCCGUUUUAACAUGUGCUCAUGAAGAGAAAAGAGCAGAGGCAGUAGAAAUGGCAGGCAGAAUACCUCUUAGUGCAAUUAUUAUUAUCCCACAUGUACAGGAUGAAAGGUGAGGUAUACGUGUCAGACAACGGACAACGUGUACAGUAUCAUGCUGUACUACUGAUUGUAUCUUGAAAAAGCGCAAUACGUAAGCUGCUUAAUAAUACGGCCAAGCAAUCGACCAAAAGUCUGACAACUGCAAAGUUGUGCCAAAGCCAUCACGACCACUAACAAAAUGAGAGUUUGGUCAGUAGAAAUGUGGUUUAAACAGGAUUAGGUACAGUCAAAACUGUUCCAUACCUAGACAGCUAAUGUACAGUAUCUGAGUGAUUGUGAGUGGGCAGUACCCUUAAGUACUGAAUGGUGCUACUUGAACAGAAGUCAAAUGUAGAGGUUAUGUUACAUGACAGAGAAAAACAGUAGUUAAAACUCAAUAAUAUUCAACCUCAGUACAUAUGCUGUUGUGUUCUUGUUUUCAACCUCUCCCACCACCACAUAGAUGUCUGCUGGCAGUACAUAUGCUGUUGUGUUCUUGUUUUCAACCUCUCCCACCACCACAUAGAUGUCUGCUGGCAGUACAUAUGCUGUUGUGUUCUUGUUUUCAACCUCUCCCACCACCACAUAGAUGUCUGCUGGCAGUACAUAUGCUGUUGUGUUCUUGUUUUCAACCUCUCCCACCACCACAUAGAUGUCUACAGGCAGUACAUAUGUCGUUGUGACGUUGUUUGCUGUCGACCACUUUUUGUAUCUCUACUGUAGAAGUCCAAGUUAGCGCUUGCCCUGAGAGUUGUACCAUGUUACAGUGUGUUCUCUAUGUGGUAAUGCUGGGCAAUUACCUUCACACAGACUCCUAGUUAAUGAGUUACUUAUAGAUGAGAGCAGAGUUCAGUUGAUCUCGUCCAAUGGGAUUGCCAGUGAGGAAAGGAGUGUGUGUUUGGAGGUAAGGAAGGAGAACAUAAAGGCAGGAGCAAUCCCCGUACAGCUCAACACCCCAUUCAGAGGAGGGAGAACAUAAAGGCAGGAGAAAUCCCCGUAGAGCUCAACACCUCAUUCAGAGGAUGGAGGGAGGGAGAACGUUAACAAACACCUGUGGGGAAAAACAGCAACACAGCCCUUAGCUUGGUUCAUACCUUGUAGCUGUGGCAUGUCUGGACCCCAGGAAGAGUAGCUGCUGCUUUGGCUGCAGCUGAUGGGGAUCCAUAAUAAAUACAAAUACAAGCCUGCAGUAAAAUACCUCACCACCCAUAGAACUUGGCCUGCAGUAUAGUACCUCUUUAUCGUAGGGGCUCUGCUGAAAUCUGCUCUGCUCACAUGAUGCCUCACUCUACUACUCUGUUCGAUAUAAAACUGACAUGCCUGUGUUUUCUUCUUUUAAACCUAUAUAUUUGAACUGACAUUUCCUUCCUGCCCAAAAACAUGCCAUCGUCUUCAAAGCAUUGAUUUGACCUCUUAACUAAGGCAUCGUUGAAGUCUGUUCAAUAUGCAUAUCCGACAUCUGUUCAAUAUGCAUAUCUGACGCCUGCAAAAAAUGUAUUUUGUUGAUUAGACUUAUGGCAGCCUAGAUAUAGAUCUGCGCUUUAAGAAGAUGAUACACAUAAUAUAAUAUAUUACAAGGGUAAUUAGUUGUCAGUACAUGCUCUUUGGUUAUGGGUCUGAACCCCGUUCAGACCACUACAUACUACACAAUACUUAAUAAGCUGCUCUGGUACUUUCCUUGAGAUACAUAGGGACGACAUUCCAAUCUUACACAUAAACAUGCAAAGUUGUAACAAAACAUGCAAAAGUUGUGAGACAUUUUUGUGUAACCUGUCAAUAAUAGGGUAUUGUAUGAAAAGCUUUGUUUUGUUAAGUAUUUAUUAAUAUCAAAUAAUAUCUGUACUGUGCGUUUCGAUACUUAUUUAUAUGUCCUGAAAUUAAUUAUUUUUAUUAAGAAAA